GUUGGUAGUAGCUUAACCAAAUUUGUUUUACGUGUAUAAUUUUAUUUUUUUCCAUCAAGCUAUCUUUUCCUCUUAUUAUGUUUUCCAUGGGUUCUCUUUAUUAGGAGUUUAGUGUGCAAUUAGUACUCUUGUAUUAUAUCGAAUUGCAAAACAACUAUUCUUUGUUAUUUUAGUACCGCAGAUCAGGGGGUUGUGUGCUAACAAAAUUUGAAUCAUAAAUAAUACAGAUAGGGGUACUAAUUGCAAUAAACACUUUUUAUUAAAAUAAACCUAGAGGGAAGGUAAUGAAUAAACAAUUACUUAGUUGCAAAAUUAAGAGUCAAUAAAAAUACUUUGUAAUUAUACUAUUUUAAAGGGGUCUAGAUGUAAUUAGCCAAUUAUAACCAUUAAACAACAGACUACACCUUUUUCAUUUCAUUUUGCACUGCAGUAGAAUUUUCUUCACAAAAAUCGCUUUAGGAAGAUGAGGAUUUCUGCAAUAGCGCCUCCUAUUCGUAGAGCAAUUUCUGCUAAAUCUUCUACUUAUUACGGUAUUUUUGCUGAUCCGUUCUCUUUAUUUUCUUUAAAUUUUCAUAGCAAAGAUACACUUUUUUCACCUAAUUUCAGAAGAGAUUUGAGUUGUGAAAGUGAAGUAGAUGACGUCAUUUUCUUGUUUCGCAAAAUGGUGAGAAUGCGGCCGCAGCCCCCCGUUUUUGAAUUCACCAAACAAUUGCAAGUUAUUGUCAAGAUGAAACAAUACUCGGUUGCCCUUCAACUGUUCGAUGAAAUGCGUCAAUGGGCUGCCCCUGUAAAUGAGUACACAAUGGCCAUCUUAAUUAAUUGCUGUUGCCUUUUGAAACGCGUAGACGUUGGUUUUGCUGUGUUCGGCAUCUUCUUUAAACAGGGCUACAAUGCAAAUGUUGUGACAUUCAACACUCUACUAAAAGGGCUCUUUUUAGAUGGUAAGGUGGCCGAGGCGGAGAAAUUGUUUAAGCAGCUUUUGACUUUGAAACUUUGCGCCGAGCCAAACGAUGUUACGAUUCUUACUGUGAUAGAUGGGCUCUGCAAAGCUGGACAUGUUCUUGUUGCCCAUGAUUUGCUUUUGUUAUUGGAAAAGAGUAUCUAUAAGCCCAAUGUUAAAGCUUAUAAUGCGGUAAUUAAUGGCUUAUGCAAGACCGGAACGGUAGAUAACGCACUCGAGCUGAAGUCUAGAAUGAUUGAUAAGGGCAUAUCACCCACUGUUGUCACAUAUAACUCGAUGAUUCAGGGCUUGUGCGAUUUUGGUAGAUGGAAAGAGGUCAAAGACUUAUUGAAUGAAAUGGUCAACCACAAGAUUUGUUUAACUGUUGUUACUUUCAAUAUAUUAGUGGACUCAUUUUGCAAGGAAGGAAAUGUUAACGAGGCUGAGGAUGUUUUGAAAAUUAUGAAGCAACAAAACAUUCGUCCCGAUAUUGUCACCUACACUGCACUGAUAGAUGGGUAUUGUUUGCAAGGGAAAAUGGAUAAAGCGAAAGAAGUAUUUGAUUCCAUAACGGGCAACGGCCUUAAGCCUUCCAUUGUCACCUAUAACUCUUUAAUCAACGGGUAUUGCAAGAAUGGUAAAGUGGAUGAAGCUUGGCGUCUUUUUCUCGAAGCUUCUUCUAAAGGCUUAGAGUUCCGUGAUACAAUUACCUAUACCACCAUGAUACAUGGAUUACUAAGUGAAGGUAGAAACGCUGAUGGAUGGAAACUUUAUAAAGAUAUGGAAGCUGGGCAAGUACAUCCUAAUAUACGUACUUACAAUACUUUGUUGGAAGGCUUGUGCAAGACUCGUCAGAUUUCUGAAGCGUUUUCAUUUCUAAAGAUGAUGGAAGACAAAGGAGUAAGUCCUAGUAUAGUCACAUACGGUAUCCUGAUUAAUAGUUUGUGCAAAGAUGGGAAACUUGAAGAGGCGAAAAAUCUUUUAAACGAACUUCCUUCCAAGGGGUUGGAACCUAAUAAUCACGUAUAUAAUGUCAUUAUUGGUUCACUUUGUGAAGAAGGGUUCGUAGACGAGGCAAAAGAUUUGCUUAUAAAAAUGGAGAGAAGUGGUUGCGCACCGAAUAGCAUGACAUACAACAUCAUUAUUCAUUGCUUGUUGAAGAAGAAAGAGUUGGACAAGGCAAUGCCAUUCUUAGAGGAAAUGCACAAAAAAGGAUUCUUUGCCGACGCAACUACUUCGUCCAUGUUAAUUAAUCACCUGCAAGGGUCCAAGAAAGAUGAUGUUCUUUUAGAAAUGAUGAAGAAAGUUGUUCCGAAAAUAUAAAUUAUUUAUUUUCGGUUUGUCAAGUUUAAUUAGGUUUUUGGAAUGUUGAAAAUGGAUUGUUAGUCAUUAUUGAUUUUUAUUUUCUUCUUGAAUGAGUUUAACAGAAUCCCUGGCAUCUCUGAGUUGAUUUCUAAGCU